AUGUUGGCACGCUUGCUCAUCAGUUCCUCAAAACUAGUUAAAAAUGUAUUUGUCUGCUCCCUUUUCUCUCCCCAGACAAACAUCCCGUUCCUCCAGAACGUGCUGAGCAAUAAUCAGUUCCUGAAUGGGACGGUAGAUACUCAGUUCAUCGACGAGAAUCCAGAUCUCUUCAACCUUAAACCGGUGCAGAACAGAGCACAGAAACUGCUUCAUUAUCUAGGGCAUGUUAUGGUGAACGGCCCAACUACUCCAAUACCUGUCAAGGCUAAGCCUUCCCCCAUCGAUCCGGUCAUCCCACCAGUACCUCUCGGUGAGCCACCAGUGGGUUUCAGGGAUGUGUUGCUGAGAGAGGGUCCAGAUGGUUUUGCGAAGGCGGUGCGUGCCCACCAGGGUCUGCUGCUUAUGGACACUACGUUCAGAGACGCCCACCAGUCCCUCCUGGCCACUCGCGUACGCACUCACGACCUUAAACGGAUCGCGCCUUUUGUGGCUCACAACUUCAGCAACCUCUUCAGCGUGGAAAACUGGGGAGGUGCUACGUUUGAUGUGGCAAUGCGUUUCCUGUGUGAGUGUCCCUGGAAAAGGCUGCAGGAGUUGAGGGCUCUGAUGCCAAAUGUGCCUUUUCAGAUGCUUCUGAGAGGUGCCAACGCCGUUGGAUACACAAACUACCCUGACAAUGCCGUCUUCAAGUUCUGUGAGGUGGCCAAAGAAAAUGGUAUGGACAUCUUUCGUGUGUUUGACUCGUUGAACUAUCUUCCCAACAUGCUCUUGGGGAUGGAGGCAGCAGGUGCAGCAGGAGGUGUGGUGGAGGCGGCCAUCUCGUACACCGGCGACGUUUCUGACCCCACGAGGAUGAAAUAUUCUUUAGACUACUAUCUCAAACUAGCAGAUGAGCUGGUCAAGGCUGGAACGCACAUCCUUUGCAUCAAGGACAUGGCGGGUCUUCUGAAGCCUGACUCUGGCCGUUUGCUGGUCGCCUCGCUAAGGGACCGUUUCCCAGACGUGCCGAUCCACGUGCACACUCACGACACCGCAGGGGCUGGAGUGGCUGCCAUGCUGGCAUGUGCAGAGGCCGGAGCAGACAUUGUGGACGUGGCAGUUGACUCCAUGGCAGGAAUGACGUCCCAGCCCAGCAUGGGUGCCAUAGUGGCAUGUGCCAAAGGCACCAAACUCAAUACUGGCAUCUCUCUUGAGAAGGUCUUUGACUACAGUGAGUAUUGGGAGGUGACCCGAGGCAUUUAUGCUCCAUUUGACUGCACCGCCACCAUGAAGUCUGGGAAUUCUGAUGUCUAUGAGAACGAGAUCCCGGGUGGCCAGUACACCAAUCUCCACUUCCAAGCACACAGUAUGGGGCUGGGGAACAAGUUUAAGGAGGUGAAGAAAGCCUACGCAGAAGCCAACAAGCUGCUUGGUGACCUCAUCAAAGUGACACCCUCCUCUAAGAUUGUGGGCGAUCUGGCACAGUUCAUGGUGCAGAACUCUCUGACUCGGGCAGAAGUGGAGGAGAGAGCGGAUGAGCUGUCUUUCCCCCUCUCCGUGGUAGAGUUCCUGCAAGGACACAUCGGCAUCCCCCACGGAGGAUUCCCGGAGCCCUUCAGGUCAAAGGUUUUGAAGUCUCUUCCUCGUGUGGAAGGACGUCCUGGAGCUACCCUGCCUUCCAUGGAUUUCCAGGCCUUGGAGAAGCAGCUGCAAGAAGCUUACGGUGAUGAAAUCACCCCUGAGGAUGUGAUGUCAGCAGCCAUGUACCCCAAAGUGUUCCAGGAGUUUAAAGAAUUCACUAGAACCUUUGGGCCUGUGGAUUGUCUGGACACUAGACUUUUCCUGGAUGGACCUAAGAUAGCUGAAGAGUUUGAGGUGGAGUUGGAGCGAGGCAAGACGCUUCAUAUCAAGGCUCUGGCUCUUGGAGACCUUAAUAAAGCCGGUCAGAGAGAGGUGUUCUUCGAGCUCAAUGGUCAGCUGAGAUCCGUCCUGGUCAAAGACACUGUGGCCAUGAAGGAGAUGCAUUUCCACCCUAAAGCCCUGAAAGAUGUACGUGGGCAAAUUGGAGCUCCUAUGCCCGGUAAGGUGGUAGAGGUGAAAGUGAAGCAGGGCCAGCAGGUGGAGAAAGGACAACCGCUCUGCGUCCUCAGCGCCAUGAAGAUGGAAACUGUGGUGAACUCUCCUCUCUCCGGCAUCGUGACCAAGAUCUACGUGACCACCGACAGCACCCUGGAAGGAGAUGAUCUUAUUCUGGAAAUCACUGAAUAGAUAUCAUGAAGGCCAACAGCAGGAAACAUCACCACCACGGCCAAUCCCUGCAAGGCUAAACACACAAACUUUAGUUACACACACAUAUAGAGGCUAACACCUUUUAGUAGAAGCUUAUUUGUACAGGAUCUCAA